AUGACAAAAGCCAAUUCUUCAUUAAUUAAUUCUAAUUUGUUCACACCUAUAACUAUUGGAAAGAACACUUUGGGUCAUAGAGUGGUACAUGCUCCAACAUCUCGUUCUAGAUCAAGUACUGAACAUUUUGUUCCUACGGAUCUUUUAGUAAAAUAUUAUGAUUCAAGAUCAAAGGCUCCUGGUACAUUAAUUAUCUUUGAAUCAACUCUUAUAUCUCCUAAAGCUGGUUUAGUACCUUUUAAACCAGGUCUUUGGAGUGAUAAACAAGCUUCAGCAUUAAAGAAUGUUACUGAUGCUAUUCAUGCUAAUGGUUCAUAUGUUUCUUGUCAAAUCUUUGGUCCUGGUAGAGUAGCUAAUCUUGAUUUAGCUCAACAAUAUAAUUUAUCCCUUAAGGGUCCAUCAGCAGGUUUAUAUCCUCUGACAACACAAGAAGAAAAGGCUAAACAAUUAGGUAAUGAAUUACAAAGUUAUACUAUAGAAGAAAUUCAUCAAUUACAAGAUGCAUUUGUAGAAGCUGCAGUUAAUGGAAUAACUAAAGCAGGAUUUGAUUAUAUUGAAUUACAUAAUUCUUCAGGAUUCCUUUUGGAACAAUUCUUUUUACCAUUAUCUAAUCAAAGAACUGAUGAGUAUGGUGGAUCAAUUGAAAAUCGGUCGAGAUUUGUAUUGGAAAUUAUUGAUCGUUUAAUCGCACAUCCGGAAGUAGGAGCACACCGAGUCGGAAUUCGUACUUCAGCAUGGUCAACUCAUAAUGGAAUGGAAUUCCCCGAAGAUUUACCAGUUAAUGAAAAUCCUUCUUUAUUAGGAGCAGAAUAUUUAUUAAAACAAUUGGAAAUUAGAAAGAAUCAAGGAAAUGAAUUGGCCUAUGUAUCUAUCUCCGAAGCAAGAGUUAGUGGAAAUACUGAUGUUGAAACUGAUGAUGAACUUAAGAAUAAUGAUAAAUUAUUGGCUGCAUGGAGUGGGAAAUUGAUAAGAUCUGGUGGUUAUGCUACUAACUAUAAGGGAGAUUAUCGUUCUUUACCUUCAAACAUUCCUCAAUUGGUUUUUGAGGGGAAUGAUAUUAUUCAUUAUACCCAUUUAAGAAAUGAUGUAAAUCAAGACGAUAGGACUUUAAUUGGAUUCUCCCGUCCAUUCACAUCCAAUCCGGACUUUGUUGAUCGUCUUAGAAAGGGAUUAAAGUUAGAUGUAUAUCAAAGAAAGUACUUCUAUACUCAUACUGCAGAUGGGUACUUGACAUUUGGUCCAUAUCAUUCCGAGGGUCUGGAAGAUGAGCCAGCUCCAAAACUUCACUUUGAAGAUGAAGAGCUUCACAGAGAUGGAGUGCCUUUAAUUUAG